AUGCAGAUUCCUUUCAUAGUUUCACUGAUCCUCUCCAACACUUCCAAACUUGCCCCACUCCUUGGUAUGGAGGCGCAGAGGCUGAAGCAGUCGCAGACUGGCCAGAACACGUCUGACAUUCAGAUAAUCGCUGUCGACAUGGCUGAAGAUGAACAGCAAGAGGUGCUUGGUCUGGCGCGGGAGGCAAAGCGUCGCUAUGGCAACGACAAGAAAAGAGAUGUCGCGGAGGUCUGGUGUCGCUUCGAAGUUGGUUCAGUUUUGCCGCGGAACAUCGGCGAAGAGAAGAUCUGGCAACAAGAUCUUUCUCAGUGGAGUGUAUGGAACUGCAAAGAUCUGGUGAAGUUCAUCAAAAUGGAGCUGGACAAGAAGUUUGGACGACUAUGGGAAGUCAUUUUAGUUCAAGGUCAGUACUGGUCGUACUACUCUCAUGAGCCUGGUCAUAAUUUUGUCUUCAAAAUGGGCAAUCAGAUAUUCGUAAUCUGGCGUGUUCCCAGCGUCUGA